AUGCAGAAUAAGUAAGUGAGACUCCAAGACUUCGAGAUACUCUAAACUCUAGGUACUGGUUCGUUUGGCAGAGUAAGAUUAGCAAAGUAGAAAUCAAAUUCAAAGCAUGUCGCUUUAAAGAUGUUAAAGAAAUGUGAAAUUCUUCGAUUAAAAUAGGUUGAUCAUAUCAAUUCUGAAUUUAAAAUACUUCAUUAGAUUUAACAUCCUUUUAUAAUUGAAUUGUUAGGUUACACUUAAGAUGAAAGAUAUUUAUAUUUUGUUCUAGAGUAUAUUCAAGGUGGAGAGUUAUUCACUUAUUUAAGGAAUGCAGGCACAAUAGAAAAUGAUGAAGCAUAAUUUUACUCUGCUUAAAUUGUAUUAAUGUUUGAGUAUUUACAUUCAAAGACUAUUGUAUACAGAGAUCUAAAACCAGAAAAUCUACUUAUUUAAUAAAAUGGAUAUUUGAAGUUAACUGAUUUCGGAUUUGCUAAAGUUGUUGAAGAUCAUACAUACACUCUAUGUGGAACACCUGAGUAUCUUGCUCCUGAAAUUCUUCUCAAUAAAGGACAUGGCAGACCUGUUGAUUGGUGGUGUUUAGGUAUCAUUAUUUAUGAAAUGUUGGCUGGGAUUGAUCCAUUUAAUGAUGAAGAUCCUAUGGCUAUUUAUUAAAAAAUAUUAAAGGGAAAAGUUAAGUUUCCUAAAAAUUUUGAUAACGAUGCUAAAGAAUUAAUUAAAAAUCUUCUUGUUUCUGAUGUUUCAAAAAGAUUAGGAAAUCUGAAAAACGGAGCCAAUGAUAUUAAAUAACAUAAAUGGUAUUAAACACUGAAUUGGGAAAGUUUAAUAAAGAAAUAAAUUAGACCCAAGUACCUGCCAUCAGUAAGAACUGAUGAUGACACUUCUAAUUUUGCUGUUUAUCCAGAUAGUACUGAAUUGCCAGAUCCAAUUAAAUAAAAUGACGAUCCAUUCAGAGAUUGGUGAAUUUAUUAGUGAAUAUCACUUUGAUUGUUUAUGCUUUGCAACAACAGCAAU